GGGGGGGGGUUAUCAUGCUGUCGUCCCAAGUGGAAACAUUUUUGUAGAAUUUCUACUUAAGGGAAAGGCUAGCUUGGCAGCUAGCAGAGCUACACACUAUUUUUAAUUGGCUUUCGGCUCAAUGGUUUUUGCCUGUUUUUCCUUGUCAUAGUGACAGCUUGGGGAGUCGGGAGAGGCCCCGUGGACUUAAUGACAAACCAAAGGCUGGGACUGAAGCGUUACUUCGCAAGACUUUAUUGGAAAAGGAGCGACCAUGAAGAAGCAGUUCAAUCGGAUGAAGCAGCUCGCCAAUCAAACAGUUGGCAGAGCAGAGAAAACAGAAGUCCUCAGCGAAGACCUCCUGCAGAUCGAGCGGCGCAUGGAGUUGGUGCGCGUGGUCUCCCACUACACACACAAAAAGAUGGUGUCAUGUCUCCAGGGGCAUGUCGGUGCAGAUGCAGAGAAGAGACACUCCGUACCACGCCUCUAUACAGGAAAUGGUCAGAAAAAGCUUCCUCUCACCGCACUGUCCCAGGCAAUGGUGGAGGGUGGAAACCAGCUGGGAGAAGACUCUUUGAUAGGAAAGAUGAUGGAAGUGUGUGGAGAGGCGGAGAACCACCUGGCAACGGAACUGAUGCAGCACGAGCUGCAGAUAGAGAAGGAUGUUCUGGAUCCUCUCAGCCAGCUUGCAGAGGUAGAAAUUCCCAACAUCCUAAAGCAGAGGAAGCAGCUGGCCAAGUUUGUGCUGGACUAUGAUUCUGCAAGAGCAAGGUGGUUGCAGGCAACCAAAUCCAUAAUCUCAGGAACAAAUACUCAUGCACUGACGGCCAAGGCUGACCUGCUCAAAGAGGAGAUGGAUGAAGCUAUGAACAAAGUGGAGCUCUGCAAGGAUCAGCUUGCAGCAGACAUGUACAGCUUUUUCUCCAAAGAAGGCGACUAUGCCCAUUACUUCAUCACACUUUUAGAAGCACAGGCCGAUUACCACAGAAAGUCUCUCACUGUUCUGGAGAGCGUCCUGCCAAGUAUUCAGGCCCAGCAAGACUCAUGGAUGGAAAAGCCCGCAUUUGGGACCGGGUUAGAUGAUCACCUGAAAAGGAGUGGGAGGGAGAUUGCGCUGCCAAUAGAAGCCUGCGUCAUGAUGCUCCUCGAGACCGGCAUGAAGGAGGAGGGUCUGUUCAGAAUCGCAGCCGGGGCAUCCAAACUCAAGAAGCUGAAGGCAGCGCUGGACUGUUCCACUUCACAGCUAGAGGAGUUUUACUCUGAUCCACACGCUGUGGCUGGAGCACUCAAGUCCUACUUGAGAGAACUCCCUGAACCUCUAAUGACCUACCAGCUUUAUGAGGAGUGGAUCCAAGCAUCCAGUGUGUUGGACCCAGACAAACGGCUCCAGGCACUCUGGGUCGUAUGUGAUAACCUACCAAAGAACAACAAAUCCAACUUAAGGUAUUUGGUGAAAUUUUUAGCCAAACUGGCGCAGGACAGCGAGGUGAACAAAAUGACUCCCAGCAACAUUGCCAUCGUCCUCGGACCCAAUCUGCUGUGGGCCAAAACUGAGGGGAGUCUGGCUGAGAUGGCUGCGGCCACUUCUGUGCACGUGGUGUCCAUUGUUGAGCCCAUCAUCCAACACGCUGACUGGUUCUUUCCUGAGGACGUGGAGUUCAAUGUGUCCGGCAUGUUUGUAAUGCCCACGCCUGUAUCCAACCACUCGGAUUACGACUGCAGCACCGCUGAGAGGAAGAGGCCUGGCAGUAUGGUGGGACCAGAGAACGACACCACGCGCAAAGAAAACACCUCUAACAAGCACUCGGACCACACCCUUCGUAGAGGCAGUAACACCUUAGGUAGAAAGCAGCACACUUCACCUGCCUUCCAGCCUCCUUUACCCCCUGUGGAGGCUCAAGGGCUGGGACAUGGGGCUGGGCAGGUCCCUCAGCCUUUGGCUGAACCCCAGUCACAAGCUCCACCAGGGGGUUCGGGGCCGGAUACGUCCCAGCAUAGCUUGGCACAGGGUCUGGCUGCUCUCGCUGCCGCUCAGCAGCUUCUAGCCCAGCAAACAGAGGAGUUCAGCAACCCAAAGCUGCGCGACUCUACACCCAUUCCAACUCCUGUGCUUCAGAGGAACGGCUCUGGAGGAGGCGGGCCAGCUGCAGGGCAGCUGGGAGCUGGAGCCUCCGGUGUAGCUUCCAUGGGGCCAAGUCCACAUAUGAUUCGACGAGGUACCAAGAAGCAGGCCCCUGCCCCUCCCAAACCUUUGAACCCUCCUCCCAGCCAGCCUUGUAACUCAGUGAACCAUGCAUCCUCCUCCUCAACCCAGUCCCUCAGCCCCACUCCUAGAUCCCUGACCAGCCACUCACCCACCUCACCAACCUCUCCCACCUCACAGCCAUGUGCUGCACCUAGACGUCACUCCAGCAACCAGCCCCCAAUCCACGCCCCCAGCCAUCCACCUCCAGAGCCUCCCACGCAGGCCAGCCCCCCUCCAUCGCAGUUGUCUUUGCCCAGCCAGCCCUGUGGGGACCAGCAGAGCACGGAGCUGUCGCCCCCGGAAACCCCGACCCCUCCGGACACUCCUCCACCCUGCCAGGAGGCAGUCGCUCCUCCAUCCCCGUCGCCAUAUCAGUCGGGCUCGCUCCCCCGCCCACGUCCCGUCCCAAAACCCCGGAGCAGACCGAGUAUCCCACCGCCACCGCAACCUAGCACCAUGAGCGGCGAGAUCAACGGGAUCUGUUCCGCUGCGUACCAGACAAUGGACCAGGGGAUGUCAUUCAAGGGCUUGUGUCGAACUUUGGUCCCUGAGUUUGCUGUAGACCAACAGCCCGUGGCGGCCUCUUCGUCCUCCUCACCUCCCCUGCCUCAUCCCAAAGACUGUGACCUAGACACCGAGAGCACUGUCCUAUAAGGAGAAGCACACGCCUUCCCCCCCCUCAGCUUUCAUGCGCCUCAUCUUUUGUGUGACCACAGCCCGUGUCUGCGAAACAUGCCGCAUCCCCAUGUCACCAUCACAGAAGGUUGAGUUAUCUGUUGACAGCACUCACCGAUAUUUGUGACUCUCCAAACCAAAGUAAUCUGGUCUGUGUGUGCCAGGAGCUAACAUAUUGUGACCAGUACAAGUAAAUAUAGCAGGUUUUACAAACUCAGUAGAAAAUGGCAGACAGAUGACAGCAGCUUGUUUGAUGACACAAAGGCAUUAGGCUGGCAUGCACACACCCAAGCUGCCGCCGCUUAACACCGGACCAUUGAAGAGCAAAGAUCCAGACAAUCAACAGCAAACGGCAGAAUGGGCCCUGAGAGAAGUGUGCGGUGUGCCUGGCUGGAACGCUUAAAGAAAGAGAAAAAAAAAUCCCAUCAGUCUAGAUGGGACUUUUUCUUUUCUUUUCCAAAUUUGGUGUCUUUUUUUUCAUGUUGAACAAUGAAAAUGGCCUUAAAACAGGAAGCAAAGAAGUUCUCUUCUCACAACAUGGGGAGGGAGAAAGUCAACUGAUAUGGUAGAAACCAAGAGUUGCUUCAAGUGUAGCAUGUGACUGCAGGUUUCCAGUCAUCUCAGACACUUGUCUCUUCCACCCCCUUAUAUUUAUUUUCUAUUUAGAAGAACAAUACAUUCCCUGUGGCUUGACGUAACGAAUGCAGUCUGUAAGUGUGAAUCAUGCCUUAUCACAGAUAUUGUACGGGGGACAUAAUUUGACCUCGAGUGCUGCAGUAUUUCUGAGAAACUGUCUUAGGAACAGUUUGUGUUUCAGGGACAUGAGGAAGGCAGCUUGAACCCCGGCAGUAGAAACGACAUGCAGUUGUUGUGUCUGCUGCAGUGUCACGCUGCAAAAGCUGCACAUGUCAGCGUGUGUCAGUCGGUGCCUUUAGUGGUGGGGGGGGGGCCAGGGGUUCGAGCAGAAGUAGCAGGGUUAACCUACCCUCCCAUCCUGUAGACAGCAGUCAGUAUUUUUUGCCCCUCAAUGCUUGUCAAUCCACCCCAAUAUUUUCGGUAGUGUUUGCAGGGGCUUGAUACGCUGCAGGUUUUGUGCGUGUGUGUGUGAAUAUAGGGAAUGGACCAUUUUUACCAGCCUCUCCACGGUGAGCAGAAACAGCUGAUGUUGCAUUUGCCCAGAUUCAGUGAUUGGGGUUUCUCUUGAACUUAUUGUUUGUUUUUCUUUUCCUUUUUUUGGCCGUCUUUACCACUGAGCCGAGAGCACCUGUAAUUAUGAAUCUCAGCAGUGACGUGGCGUUGGAUGUAUCCCGGUCAAAAGCCUGGCCUCAGACACAAAGCAGUGUUCGGUUUUGAGGGAAGUGAGCCUAAAUGGUACCAGUGGAGAAAGUCUCAGAUGCUGCCAUUGCCCUGAAAACUGACUUUUGUUUUUCAGAGACAAUCCUAGCAGAAGAACCUCCAACAUUUCUCUGUUUGCUCUUGUACCUCGCUGCCUUAUUCCUGUGCACGACGAGAUCUCGGUUUCCUCGACGCUCUUGAAGAGAAAUACAAUUCAACUAUAAACAAUGCUGCAUUUUCAAGCUCUAUAGUUUUUGUAUGUACGUAUUCUGAUGAGUUUAAAAAUAGAAUAAAAAGUAUAAUAUGAAGCUUGGUUAUACCCAUUUUCCAAAGAAAAUAAAGUAUACGAAGAAAUAUAUAUAUACAUGUACAUCCUCUUGUGGUUUGUCGAUUCACAUUUUAGCACUGAUAGCUCAGAAUGUUAGAAUUUCAGUCAAAAAUAAUUUAGCUCAAUAAUACCAAAACAU